CCGCUGUUAAACCCUUCCCCGCCCCUCCCUUAUAAAGAAAAACCCCUAAUUUCUCUAUAUUUUCCGGAAACAGCUUUCUUUCACAAAUUUCUCCGCCGACCGACGCCGCCGCCGCUGCCGCUUCUGCCGGUCAAAUUCAUCCUCUUUCUUUCUCAUCAUUCGACGAUUUAAUGGCUGGUGCAAAACUCAACAAGAAAAAGGGCGGUAGAGCCGCUAAUCCUCCCCCGAGGAAGAAGCAAAAGGCAUUACCUACUCUAGAAAAUAAAUCUAAGAAAGAGGAGAUGAUCAGUGACUCUGAUGGCUCUGAAGAGCCUGAAAUGCUUGAGAACUCAGAUGAGGAAGUUCAGGGAAUGGACUCGCACUCGGAUAUGUCGUCAGACGGGGAUGAUGUCUAUGCCAAUGAUAUCCUCCAAGGAAGCGACGAUGAAGAGGGGAGUGAUGACGAAGAGGGGGACUCAGAUUCUGAUGUAUCUGAUUUCGAGAAGGAAGCAAGAGAAAUUGAUGAGGAAAAGGCGCGGGAAGAAGUAGAUGCAGAAGCAGAAUUAGAGCUUAACAUAAAAAACGAAGCUAAUGAGUUCGCUUUACCAACUGAGGAGGAGCUUGAAGAAGAAGCACAGAGGCCCCCAGAUCUGUCCAAUCUUCUAAGAAGGAUAAAAGAGAUUGUACGAGUGCUUUCGAAUUUUAAGUCUUUGAGGCAAGAGGGUGCUACACGCAAGGAUUAUGUUGAUCAACUUAAAACAGAUUUAAUUUCUUACUAUGGAUACAAUGAUUUUUUGAUUGAAGCUCUGGUUGAGAUGUUUCCGGUUGUUGAACUCAUGGAACUCAUUGAAGCUUUUGAGAAGCCUAGGCCUAUCUGUCUUCGAACUAACACUUUAAAGACUCGGCGAAGGGACUUGGCGGGUGUUCUUUUGAACAGAGGAGUCAACCUCGAUCCAUUAAGCAAAUGGUCAAAAGUAGGUUUGGUUGUAUAUGAUUCACAAGUUCCAAUUGGGGCCACUCCAGAAUACAUGGCCGGUCAUUAUAUGCUUCAAGGUGCAAGCUCUUUUUUGCCUGUAAUGGCCCUUGCUCCUCAAGAGAAAGAGAGAGUUGUUGACAUGGCGGCCGCGCCUGGUGGUAAAACUACAUACAUUGCAGCUCUUAUGAAAAAUACUGGUAUGAUCUAUGCAAAUGAGAUGAAGGAGUCCAGACUCAAAUCUCUCACUGCAAAUAUACAUCGGAUGGGCGUAACAAACACCAUAGUUUGCAACUAUGAUGCGAGGGAGCUGCCCAAAGUCCUGGGAAGCAACUCUGUUGAUAGGAUUUUAUUGGAUGCUCCUUGCAGCGGCACUGGUGUUAUAUCUAAGGACGAGUCUGUGAAAACUUCAAAAAGUGCUUUAGACAUACAAAAUUGCGCUCAUCUACAAAAGCAAUUAAUACUUAAUGCGAUAGAUCUUGUGGAUGCCAACUCAAAGUCAGGAGGAUACAUUGUCUACUCCACAUGUUCCAUAAUGGUUGCUGAGAAUGAAGCAGUCAUUGAUUAUGCACUCAAGAAGAGGGAUGUUAAACUCGUUCCCUGUGGCCUUGAUUUUGGACGCCCUGGAUUCAUUCGUUUCAGAGGGCAUCGUUUUCACACUUCCUUGGACAAGACAAGGCGCUUUUAUCCCCACGUCCACAAUAUGGAUGGAUUCUUUGUAGCUAAGCUGAAGAAAAUGAGUAACACGAAGCCAACAACAUCUCAACAAUCUGAAGCUGGAGAGGUGGAGGAGGAAGCUGAGUUGAUUGAACGCAAUGACCAGGAAGAGGUUGUCAAUGAGAAGAAACAAUUGAACGAAGGCUCUAAUGAAAUUGCGACAGAAAAGGUUGUCAAAGAGAAGAAACAAUUGAAGAAAGGCUCUAACGGAAAUGGGACGAGGAAACAACCAUCUUUGAAGGAAAAGCUAAAGGAAAAGAGAAAGAAAAAGGAAUGGCCUUCAAGAGAGGAAAUUGCAAAAAAGAGAGAAGACAAACGACAGGCUUUAAGGGAAUCAAAAAGAAAAAGGUAAGGUGGAAAGCAGUUGUGGAUCGACUUUACGGGCCUCGUAUGCACAGUUGAAAUGUUGUCAUGAGUCAUUGGUGCUUUCAAGCAAAAGGGCAGAAAAUGCUUCAGUUUCAACAUUUGGAGAUUGUCGACUCCCUGUUGUGCUACUAUAAAGGUUAGAACUGGGAUGCUUAUUGCAAUUUUAUAACUCGAUCUUCAAGAUUUUGGAUCACAAAUUUUGUAGCGGCUAUGUUAUCAUAUAGUGCACCGUUUGUAAAAUAUUAAAUGCUGAUUCAUUGUCUGUCAUUUUCUUGAUUGGACAUUUAGCAUAAUGAGGUGAUUAUGAUUUAUGAGAUGAUAUAAACUCUAUUUAAUUGUUUA